AUGUAUAGGAAACCUUAUGAUGCCCUGACAAAUUUAGUCAGACCUCUAAUUGAGUUGGUAUUUUCGAAGGACAGUACCCAAGGUUACAGCGUUAAUAGUAUUUUCAUGGUUAUUUUGAAUUGGGAGAAGAAAGCUAGGGCAUUCAAAUCGAGAACCUUGAGAAGGCCUGUUGUGUUGCCGAGUGGUCCCCGAGUUUGGAAUGGAAGGUUUUGA